GCGCCUGCGCACGCCGGGAGAGCGCGUCUCCUCUUGGUAGCGGCCAGCUUCGCGCGCGUCCGCCCGCCUACCCGCCAGCUCCUAACUCCUGACGUGCCGUAGGCGCUCGCGACUCCCAUAGUCCUGGAGGAGGGGUUCCGCGGAGCGGCCCGUUGACAAAAGGAUGCCACGGAGAAAGAAGAAAAUUAAAGAAGCCUCUGAAGUGCAGAACCUGGAGAAGAAAGAUACAGAAACUACCAGUCUUGUCAAUGUGAAGAGUAAGCGUAAACUUGAGGAUGCUUUCAUUGUGAUAUCUGAUAGUGAUGGAGAGGAACCAAAGGAAGAGAAUGGAUUGCAGCAAACGAAGACAAAACAGCUGAAUAGAGCAAAGUGUUUGGCUAAAAGAAAAAUUGCACAAAUGACAGAAGAAGAACAGUUUGCUCUGGCUCUCAAAAUGAGUGAGCAGGAAGCUAGGGAGGUGAACAGCCAGGAGGAGGAGGAAGAGGAGCUCUUGAAGAAAGCCAUUGCAGAAAGCCUGAAUAGUUGCCGGCCUUCUGAUGCUUCUGCUACCACAUCUCGACCUCUGGCCACUGGACCAUCUUCACAGUCCCACCAAGAGAAAACCACAGACUCUGGGACCACUGAAGGCAUAUGGCAGCUGGUACCUCCAUCACUGUUUAAAGGCUCACAUGUCAGUCAGGGAAACGAGGCUGAGGAAAGAGAGGAGCCUUGGGACCACACUGAAAACACUGAAGAGGAGCCGGUCUCUGGCAGCUCAGGAAGCCGGGACCAGUCAAGCCAGCCAGUGUUUGAGAAUGAGAACAUUAAAUGUUUUGACAGAUGUACUGGCCACUGGGCUGAGCACACACAGUGUGGGAAGCCACAGGAAAGGACUGGGAGGGGUUGUGCUUUUCACGAAACUGCGCAGAAUAGGGGGGACACAUCUAGGCACUGUCUGCCUACCUCAGUGGGUGCCACAGGUCUCCAGGACACUGGCGGCACUGUGCACUACUUCUGGGGUAUCCCAUUCUGCCCUGCUGGAGUAGAUCCCAACCAAUACACCAAGGUCAUUCUCUGCCAGUUGGAGGUUUAUCAAAAGAGCCUAAAAAUGGCUCAGGGGCAACUCUUUAAAAAAAUAAGAUUUGGGGAACCAGUGUUACCUAGACCUCCUUCUCUGACCCAGAAUAAAUGUGGCCAAGGAGAUCAAGCUAGUGAAAAAAAUGAAAGCAUCUCAGAAGAUAUGGGAGAUGAAGACAAAGAGGAGGAAAGGCAGGAGUCUAGGGCAUCUGUCUGGCACUCAAAAACCAAGGAUUUCCAAGAAAGCCCAAUUAAAAGCUUGAAAGAGAAACUUUUGUUGGAGGAAGAACCAACAACCAGUCAUGGUCAGUCUUCCCAAGGGCUAUUUGUUGAAGAAACUUCUGAAGAAGGAAACUCUGUACCUGCCUCACAAAGCAUUGCUGCUUUGACCAGUAAGAGAGACUCAGUCUUUAUGCCAGAGAAUUCUGCAGAGGAAGUCACUGUGUGUCCUGAGACACAGCUAAGUUCCCCUGAAACUUUUGACCUUGAAAAAGAAGUCUCUCCAGGUAGCAGAGAGAACCUGGAUGAAGUAAGAAUAAUAAUGGCAGAUAAGGAGGUUGGUAACAGGGAAGAUGCUGAGAAGGAAAUACCUGCUUUUACCUUCUCAGCCAAUACCAACAUAUCCUGCCCACUGUGUGACCAAGGCUUCCCACCCACAAAGAUCGAGCGCCAUGCCAUGUACUGCAAUGGGCUGAUGGAGCAAGAUAGAGUAUUGACUCGAAGACAAAGAGGGGCCAAGGACAAGAAUGACAGUGGGACAGCUGCCCAGACUUGCCUAGACUUUGAUAAGAAUGAGAAGUGUUAUCUCUGUAAAUCCCUGGUCCCAUUCGAAGAGUACCAAUGUCAUGUAGAGUCCUGUCUCCAGCUUGUCAGAGGUCACCGAAGAGAUGGGCCCAAAGAGAGUGAGAGAGUAUGCUCAGAUGUGGAGGCUAAACGGCCGCGGCCGAGGAACCCAAAGGAAAAAGGCCACAGGGAAGGCCAACUCCUCAGUCUCUUGGAACACUCUGUGCACAAGACUGCAGAUGCAGAUAUAAAGACCAAGUCUUCAGAAACAGUGGCUUUCAGGGAACCCUCACCAGGUACAGAAGAAGCAGGCUGCAGCAAAGAGAUGCAGAGUUCCCUUGCACAUAUCGACUUAAAUGAGUCUCCCAUCAAGUCUUUUGUUUCCAUUUCAGAAGCUACAGAUUGCUUGGUGGAUUUUAAAAAGCAGUUUACUGUCCGGCCAGGCAGCCGGCCACGGACCAAAGCAGGCAGAGGAAGAAGGAGAAAAUUCUGAAUUUCUAGGGUCUGGAGGUUGACAGAACCAUUUAGCAACAGGCGUGGGCCAUGUUCCUUAAGCCUCAGUGGCCCCCAGUUCCUUGUUGAGAGUUUGGCCCUGUAGUUUCCACCACCAGCACCCAUCCAGCAUUCUGGUUUUUAUGUUUUCUAUGAUUUAUACAGACAGCUCUGUAUAGUAUUCUGUUUUAUAACAGCCUGUUUGAAUUCACUUAUGGUUAAAAGAAAAUUUAAAUAUAUUUAUCUAUGUUUGUAUGAAAUCUUAUUUCAGUACGAUGGAGAUCUUCCUUUUUUCCCUGUUAUAGGGUUUUGGGUGGGGAUAUUUUAAUUGUGGAGCCAGUUCUCAUGCUCAUAAAUUACAUGUUUCUGAAUGAA